AUGCGGUGUGCACGGCUAGAAGCCCUGGUGCUCCUGGGCGUUCUGCUCACUCGACUCCCGGCUCCUGCUGGCGGCCAGGACGCACCCCCGCUGCCCUGGGAAGUGCAGCGCUACGAUGGCUGGUUCAACAACCUGAGACACCACGAGCGGGGCGCGGCUGGCUCCCGGCUGCAGAGACUCGUACAGGCCAACUACGCAGACGGCGUCUACCAAGCUCUGGAGGAGCCCUUUCUGCCCAACCCACGCCUGCUCAGCGACGCGACCACAAGGGGUCCAGCCGGCCUGGCCUCGCUCCGCAACCGCACCGUGUUGGGGGUCUACUUUGGCUACCACGUGCUCUCUGAUGUGGUGAGCGUGGAGACCCCCGGCUGCCCUGCCGAGUACCUCAACAUUUACAUCCCCCCCGGAGAUCCGGUGUUCGACCCCGACCACCGCGGAGACGUGGUCCUGCCCUACCAGAGGAGCCGCUGGGACCCCGAGACAGGACGGAGCCCCAGUAACCCACGGGACCUGACCAACGGCGUGACCGGCUGGCUGGACGGCAGCGCCAUCUACGGCUCCUCGCACUCGUGGAGCGACGCGCUGAGGAGCUUCUCCGGGGGGCAGCUGGCGUCCGGGCCCGACCCCGCGUUCCCGCGCUCGGCGCAGAACCCGCUGCUCAUGUGGACGCCGCCCGACCCCGCCACGGGCCGGCGCGGGGCGCAGGGGCUGUUCGCCUUCGGGGCCGAGCGGGGGAACCAGGAGCCCUUCCUGCAGGCGCUGGGCCUGCUCUGGUUCCGCUACCACAACCUGUGGGCUCAGAGGCUGGCGCUGGAGCACCCGAGCUGGGGCGACGAGGAGCUGUUCCAGAACGCGCGCAAGAGGGUCAUCGCCACCUACCAGAACAUCGCUCUGUAUGAGUGGCUGCCCAGCUUCCUGCAGAAGACGCCUCCGCCCUAUGCAGGCUACCGGCCGUUCCUGGACCCCAGUGUCUCCCCGGAGUUUGUGGUGGCCUCUCAGCAAUUCUUCUCCACCAUGGUGCCCCCUGGCGUCUACAUGAGAAACGCUAGCUGUCAUUUCCAGGAGGUCUUCAGCCAGGGCUUUGGCAGUUCCCCGGCCCUCAGGGUCUGCAACAGCUACUGGCUUCGGGAGAACCCCAACCUGAACACUGCCCAGGAGGUGAACCAGCUGCUGCUGGGAAUGGCCUCCCAGAUUUCAGAACUGGAGGACAGGAUAGUGGUUGAAGAUCUGAGGGAUUACUGGCCUGGCCCUGACCAGUUCACCCGCUCAGACUACGUAGCCAACAGCAUCCAACGAGGUCGAGAUAUGGGGCUGCCCAGCUAUACCCAGGCCCUGCUGGCCUUGGGACUGGAGCCUCCAAAGAACUGGAGUGACCUCAGCCCCCACGUGGACCCCCAGGUGCUGGAGGCAACAGCCGCCCUGUACAACCAGGACCUGUCUUUGCUGGAGCUGCUCCCAGGGGGGCUCCUGGAGAGCUAUGGGGACCCUGGGCCCCUGUUCAGCACCAUCGUUCUGAGCCAGUUUGUGCGGCUGCGGGAUGGUGACCGCUACUGGUUUGAGAACACCAGGAAUGGGCUGUUCUCCGAGGAGGAGAUUGCUGAAAUUAGAAACACCAGCCUACGUGACGUGCUGGUCGCUGUCACCAACGUGGACCCCAAUGCUCUGCAACCCAAUGUCUUUAUCUGGCAGGAGGGUGAGCCGUGCCCGCAGCCCCAGCAGCUCACGACAGCAGGCCUGCCCUCCUGCGUGCCGUUCACCGUCAUGAACUUCUUUGCGGGCAGUGGAGCCGGUUACGGCCUUGUCAUCAUCUUUCUCUGCUCACUUCCAUUAGUGAGCCUCAUUUUCGCGGGGAUAGUGACCCAUUUCCGGAACCAGGACCGCAAAAGGCUGCAAAGGAGAGGCAAGGAGAGUUCAGAGAAGGAAGCCAUCAAAGAAGGUGUGCCAGCAAUGGAAUGGCCUGGCCCCUGCGAGAGGAGCUACCCGGUGACCGUGCAGCUGCUGCCAGAUGGGCAGUUGCGGGUCUUGGACCGGCGGCUCUCUCUGUUGCGCAGCAUCCCGCUGCAGCCUCCACAGCAGGUCAGCCUUAUCCUGUCCGUCAACCAUGGCUGCCGCACGCUGCUGCUCAAGAUCCCCAAGGAAUAUGACCUGGUGCUGCUGUUUUCCUCUGAGAUGGAGCGUGGAACCUUCGUGAAGCAGCUGCGGGACUUCUGCCUGUGCUGGGGGCUGGGUCUCCAUGUGGCCGAGAUGGGCGAGAAAGAGCUGUUCAGGACGGCCGCCACCAAGCAGCAGCGCGCACACGUCCUUGAAAUCUUCUUCAGGCACCUUUUCGCUCAGGUGCUGGACAUCAACCAGGCAGACGCAGGGACCCUGCCCCUGGACUCCUCCCAGAAGGUACGGGAAGCCCUGACAUGCGAGCUGAGCAGGGCCGAGUUCGCCGAGUCCCUGGGCCUCAAGCCCCAGGACAUGUUUGUGGAGGCCAUGUUCUCCCUGGCUGACAAGGACGGCAACGGCUACCUGUCCUUCCGCGAGUUCCUGGACAUCCUGGUGGUCUUCAUGAAAGGCACCCCAGAGGAUAAGUCCCGCCUCAUGUUCACCAUGUAUGACCUAGAUGAGAACGGCUUCCUCUCCAAGGACGAGUUCUUCACCAUGAUUCGGUCCUUCCUUGAGAUAGCCGACAACAGCCUGUCUAAGACUCAGCUGGCUGAGGUGGUGGACUCCAUGUUUCGGGAGUCGGGCUUCCAGGACAAGGAGGAACUGACGUGGGAGGACUUCCACUUCAUGCUGCGGGACCACGACAGCGAUCUCCGCUUCACACAGCUCUGUGUCAAAGGUGGAGGUGGAGGUGUCGGAGAGGUCUUUAAACAGAACAAGAACUGCCGGGUGUCAUUCAUCACUCGGACCCCGGUGGAACGCUCCAGCCCCCAGGGAGUGGGGCUCUCUGACUCCGAGGUUUCUGAGUCAGGAGGCUCCGGAUUGAUGAAGAGGUUUGGCAAAAAGGUGCUGACACCCAAUCCACGGCUGUACACGGAGGCGGUGCCGGAGAAGCUGCAGCGAGGGUUCAUGGCCCGUAAGGUGCAACAGUUCAAGCGUUUCAUUGAGAACUACCGGCGCCACAUUGUGUGCAGUGCCCUCUUCACUGCCCUCUGCGUGGGCCUGUUUGCUGAGCGUGCCUACUACUAUGCCUUUGCCUCCCCACCCACGGACAUUGAGGAGACCACUUACCCGGGCAUCAUCUUGUCGCGGGGCACGGCGGCCAGCAUCUCCUUCAUGUUCUCCUACAUGCUGCUCACCAUGUGCCGCAACAUCCUCACCUUCCUGCGGGAGACCUUCCUGAACCGCUAUGUGCCCUUUGACGCAGCGGUGGACUUCCAUCGUUGGAUCGCCAUGGGGGCGGUUCUCCUGGCCAUUUUGCACAGUGCUGGCCACGUGGUCAACUUCUACAUCUUCUCAGUCAGCCCCCUCAGUCUGCUGUCCUGUGUGUUCCCCAACGUCUUUGUGAAUGAUGGGUCAAAGAUCCCCCCAAAGUUCUACUGGUGGUUCUUCCAGACCAUCCCAGGCAUGUCGGGAGUGCUGCUACUAGUGGUCCUGGCCAUCAUGUAUGUCUUCGCUUCUCACUACUUCCGCCGCCACAGCUUCCGGGGCUUCUGGAUCACCCACCACCUCUAUGUGGUGCUCUACAUCCUGCUCAUCAUCCACGGCAGCUUUGCACUGAUCCAGCUGCCCUCUUUUCACAUCUACUUCCUGGUUCCGGCGAUUAUCUUUGGGGCAGACAAGUUGGUGAGCCUGAGCCGGAAGAAGGUGGAGAUUUGUGUGGUGAAGGCAGAGCUGCUGCCCUCAGGAGUGACACACCUGGAGUUCCAGCGGCCGCAGAACUUUGAGUACAAGUCGGGGCAGUGGGUGCGCAUCGCCUGCCUGGCUCUGGGGACCAACGAGUAUCACCCCUUCACGCUGACCUCUGCACCCCACGAGGAAACACUCAGCUUGCACAUCCGGGCUGUGGGGCCCUGGACCAUUCGCCUCCGGGAGACUUACUCACCCUCGAAGAACAAAGACAGUGCCAUGUACCCAAAGCUGUUCCUCGAUGGACCAUUUGGAGAAGGCCACCAGGAAUGGCAUCAGUUUGAGGUGUCAGUGCUGGUGGGAGGGGGCAUCGGGGUUACCCCCUUUGCCUCCAUCCUCAAAGACCUGGUCUUCAAGUCAUCAGUCAACUACCACAUGCAUUGUAAAAAGAUCUACUUUAUCUGGGUGACACGCACCCAGCGGCAGUUUGAGUGGCUGGCAGACAUCAUCCGCGAGGUGGAGGAGAAUGACCCCCAGGACCUGGUGUCUGUACACAUCUACAUCACCCAGCUGCCAGAGAAGUUUGACCUCAGGACCACCAUGCUGUACAUCUGUGAGCGGCACUUCCAGAAGGUGCUGAACCGGAGUCUGUUCACGGGCCUGCGCUCCAUCACGCACUUUGGCCGCCCCCCCUUCGAGCGCUUUUUCAACUCGCUGCAGGAGGUCCAUCCACAGGUGCGCAAGAUUGGCGUGUUCAGCUGUGGCCCUCCAGGGAUGACCAAGAACGUGGAGGCAGCCUGUCAGCGUGUCAAUAAGCAGGACCGAGCCCACUUCAUGCACCACUACGAGAACUUCUAGGCCUGCCCUCCCUGUCCCUUCCGCUCUGCCCUCCUCUCUCUGGUCCUGCGUGCAUUAGCCAUCCAGGCCUCCAAUGGAGAACUGGAAUAACCUCUCCCCCUUGAGACUCCCUCAGUCCCAUGCUCUGACAAGAUAGUGGGGACCCCCUGAACCCCCAGCUCUAGCCCUAGCAGGAUGAGGCAAGGCAGGUGGAAGAGGAAGAAUUCCUGCUGUGACAGCCAUGUUUGUCUUCAGGAGAUCCCCACGUCUACUUUACCUCUAUGAUAUUGCUGCAUUGAUUAGGUAAUUUCUUGGUCAAGGCAAGAAAAUACUUGGAUGGUGCCAUGGCCUCAAUUCAGUCUCAGGGGCCUUUUUCCUCAUGUCACAAAGAGGAGCAGCCCUGCUCCCACCCCUUCCAGCUGUUAGAGGGGUCAGGAACUUUUAAAAGAAUUCCAGGGAGCAAAGAUGCUGCCCCAGCUGUAGACUCUUUAUGUCAGCCCCAGCUGCCCACUGCCCCGACCCCUAGCAUGUCCUUCUCCGGGCUUGCUGGGGCAGUCCUGGGUUGAGAGACAGAGAAAGUUCAGCCCUCUCUAUUCCCUCCCCUCCCACCCCCGACGCAUCCACCAGCCCUUCCACAGGAGUAGGGUGACCAGCUACUCCUGGCCUGUCCCAGGUUUCUUGUCCCAGGAAACCCUUGCAUUUUAGGCACAUCAGGACAAUUGGUCACUCUCCACAGGUGCCAGCCUGGGAUGACCCCACUGUACUUGGCUGUGCAUGGCUCCUCC